CGGCGUUGCUGCGACCAGUUAGAAGAAGAAGGUAAUACAGCCCUCCCCUUGUCGCCUCUGUUUUUUUUUUGUCUCCCGAUGGUAUGUUAUCCUCGAAAAGAUACUCGGCUUCCCUCUCCUACCCUGGGUCCGCCUCCGUCUCUUACGUAUCCCCCGCUCCUACUCGUAGUCGUCUUAUCCUAAUCGUAGAUGAACGUGCGCCCGUUCAUGCACGCACUUAUCUCUUUAUUCAUUCACGGACAACAGGCUCUAGCCACAUCCCUCGCCUGGAUCCAUUAGCACCUACAUCGCAAAUUCUUCCUCCAUUGCCAAAUGCCCCUCUCAUUCAUGACAUGCAGUUCUGUAAGCUGUUGAUCCAAAUUCCAAUGUUGAUGGUUCAUGGAUCCCCUCUAUCCAUCACCCGUUCUCAGGGCCCUUCCUAUCCUCUCUGCAGGGGUGUGAAAAUUUUGGCCUUGACAACACACGCGCACACCGGUAAUACGCAUAUCAGAUCUCACACGCUCCCAAGACAAGCGUUUAAAGCUAUCGUUGAUGAUGUCCCCUUAACCGCCCCUUCCAACGCAGUCGCGGCGAUUCAAACAAGAUAACCGAUGACCGGUAAUCGCUUUCUGGGGCCAGACCAGGUGUGCGCAUGUACCGCCAUCAAUCACCAAGUGUUCAACAUUUCGAGCGAAAGAACGACAACAGGCUCCUUCGAGAGUCACUUUCGAAUAUUCGAGACAAGGUGCACUUCGCUUGGUCUUCGGCUUGUGAUUGCCUGUUCGAGCACAUGGACCCUCAAAUUCGACGACCCAUGGCCAAAUAUCCAAACAAGUCCGAACCCAAAUCAUAC